UCGUAAAGUUAUUUUCUAGUUUUUUUUUCAUUAAUUGUACUCUGCUACCUUUUACGCCUUCUCUGUCUCUUAUCGUCCACGUCAUCAUCAUCAUCUUCAUAAUUAUCAUUCUUUUCUCCACGCAAUUCCUCACUCCUGUCAAUUCCAGCCCCAAUUCUUGGCAAUCAAACAUCUGAUUUUGGAGUUUUCUUCCCCGGUUGCAGCUUUAACCACAAUCCAGGGUUUUGGUUUUGGUGGUGUUAAUAUGGCGUCGCUUUUGGAGGAGAUUCUGGAAUCUGUGGAGAUGUGGUUGAAGCUGAUCAAGAAGCCCCAGCCUUACGUUGACCCGACCCUUGACCCGGUCCUUUUGGUGCCUGGUAUCGCGGGUUCGAUACUGAAGGCUGUUGAUGAUGAAAAUGGUAAAGAGGAGCGGGUUUGGGUUAGGAUUCUCGCUGCUGAUUAUAAGUGCCGGACUAAGCUUUGGUCUCGCUUCGAUCCUACUACGGGCAGAACUGUGUCUUUAGAUCAGAAAACAAGUUUAGUGGUUCCUGAAGACAGACAUGGUCUCUAUGCAAUCGAUGUUUUGGACCCUGACAUGAUUAUUGGACGUGAGUGCGUCUAUUAUUUCCAUGAUAUGAUUGUUGAAAUGAUAAACUGGGGUUUCCAAGAAGGGAAAACACUUUUUGGAUUCGGUUAUGAUUUUCGCCAAAGCAAUAGAUUGCAGGAGACAUUGGAUCGUUUCAGCGCAAAACUAGAGUCAAUAUAUAAUGCUUCUGGAGGAAAAAAGAUUAAUGUCAUAAGCCAUUCAAUGGGGGGUCUUCUUGUGAAAUGUUUCAUGAGCCUGCAUGCUGAUGUUUUUGAAAAGUAUGUAAAGAAUUGGAUUGCGAUAGCUGCACCAUUCCAAGGUGCACCUGGGUAUGUUGCCUCUACCUUUCUCAAUGGAAUGUCAUUUGUUGAAGGAUGGGAACAGAAUUUUUUUAUAUCAAAAUGGAGCAUGCACCAGCUGUUGAUUGAAUGUCCAUCCGUUUACGAAUUGAUGGCGUGUCUUGAUUUUGAUUGGGAACACAUUCCUUUGUUAGAAGUCUGGCGAGAGAAGCUUGUUGAUGGGAACUCUCAUGUAGUCUUGGAGUCUUAUUCCCCGAUAGAGAGUGUAGAAAUUUUUGAGAAAGCUCUUACAAGUAACACGGUCAAUCACGAAGGUGAAAUUAUUCCCUUGCCAUUCAACUUGGAGAUCUUGAAAUGGGCUAAUGAAACACGAAAGAUCCUUUCUCGUGCCAAAGUUCCAUCUCAAGUCAAAUUCUUCAACAUAUAUGGGACCAGUCUGGAUACACCUCACAGUGUGUGCUAUGGUAAUGGGCAAACACCUGUAAAAGAUCUUCAAGAACUAAGAUAUUUCCAGCCAACGUACAUUUGCGUUGAUGGUGAUGGGACGGUACCAGUGGAAUCGGCGAAGGCUGAUGGGCUUAAUGCAGAAGCUAGAAUUGGCAUUCCUGGCGAGCAUCGAGGAAUCCUCUGUGACCAUCACGUAUUUCGGAUUUUAAAGCACUGGCUGAAGGCAGAUCACGAUCCUUUCUACAACCCUCUAAAUGAUUAUGUGAUUCUACCAACUGCUUUCGAAGUGGAAAGUCACAAAGAAAAGGGCUUGCAAGUGACAUCGCUGAAAGAAGAGUGGGAGAUCAUCUCAGAGGACACAGAUGGUCAAGAUGAUGUGGCUACUAAAAAGCCUUUAGUGAGCUCUAUAACAGUUUCUCAGAAUGGAGGCAACAAUCAAUUCUCUUCUCGAGCUGAGGCCCGUGCAACUAUUGUUCUGCACCCUCAGAAUGACGGCAAACAGCACGUAGAAUUGAAUGCCGUAAGUGUCUCAGUUGAUGCUUAAAUCGAUUCCAUUUGAAUUUCUGUAUAUACAACUUUCUGUAACAGUGCUCAUGGAUUUAAUAUUCCAUUGUAAGAUAUGCCGCCAAAACAUGUUACUCAAAAUAUGUUCGCGCCUUCAGGGACUGUAUUAUUCUGUUUCCUUUUUCCAAUAUUAAAGAAAAGGAAAAAAGAUCUACCAUGACUCUGGCUAAGACCUCGUGUAUAAUUCUAAAAAUUUCGAAUCCUGUGAAAAAAUAAUUAUUUUUAAAAA